ACACUUGCCAAUCAAGCAGCCCGGCGAUGCGCGUUGCGGGAUGCUGUAGCGCUCGGGGCCGCUCUAGGACAGCGCCGGGCGGCCCCUCCAUGGUAUUUCCUGCUUGGGGAGCGACCCGCCCCGCCCUUGGCACGCGCCGCGCUAGGCACCGGGCGCGCUCUCUAUGAUCCGGGCUGCAAACCGGCUCCCGCGUCAGCUUCCCCCGGCCCCGGCCCAACCUAGUGGGAGCUCCCCGUUGGGACGCAGCCUGCCGGAGAAUAGCAGCGCCUGCCGUUACGCGCUCCGGCCCUGGGCGGGGGCCAGGCCCGCAGCAGAGAUACCAAAUUGUAUAAUUGCUGCAUUUGUAGAACCAGUACUGAUUCAAAUGAUAUAAUGUAUAACAACACAAUGAAAGGAUUUUGAAUGGGGAAAAGUGAUCAGAGGAGAUCUUAAAUUGUUAGUAAAGGAAAGAAGUGGAUUUAAAAAAAACAAACAGUAAAAUGAGAAGCCAUGGUGGUAAACCCAACUGUGAUGGUCCCUCAGAGACUCAAAUUUCUCCCCACUGUGCUACAACUUGCCCCAAGGAACAAACUGAGAAUGCAUUUACCCCAGCAAGCCUCAACUCUACUGCCAUUAUAUGCCAGACCCUGCAAGUGGAAUGAGAGUACCUCUGCCUGUUGGAAGGAGAAUUUUGAAGACAUUCUCAAUUGAGACUGUUGUUCACGAGAGUGUUCGCAACUCCAUCCCACAACACCCAGUCAAAGACUACCUCUAAAUCCCUCCAGCCCUUGACAAGUGGAGGAAAGCCAUCAAGCAGAUGAAGAACUACAAGGCAUCUGGAACUCUUGGAAUCCCUGCUGAAAUCUUCAAGGCGGGGGGAGCUGACAUCACAGCUCCUGCCCUCAUCUCUAGGAUUUGGAAUGAUGAGGAAAUCCCAGAUGACCUCAAGGAUGCCAUGAUUAUGACAGUCUCCAAGACAGGAGACAAGUUCAACUGUGGAAAUUAGAGAUUGCCUUGCUGUCUACCACAGGAAAGAUCAUUGCAAGAACCCUCCCUUCCACUUGCUGAAUAUCUCCUCCUAGAAUCUCCAUGUGGAUUUAGGGCAUCAAGAGGCACAACUGACAUGAUCUUCACAGCUGCAGGAAAAAUGCGGGAAACAACAUAAACCUCUCUAUAUGGCCUUCUUUGACCUCUUAACCUCUGAGGUUAAGAUGGGAGUUAAGCAGGACUGUGUUAUGGCUCCAACACUCUUCUCAAUAUUCCUUACUGUGAUGCUACAGCUGACUACAAACAAGCUUCCAGCUGGAGUGGAGCUAAACUACUGAAUGGAUGAAAACAGUGGCGAAGACAUGGCUGCUAGUGACAGUAAUGCUGAGAGUGUGAAUCCUGUGCUCAGAGUAAGUCAGCUGGAUGCUCUUGAACUAAACAAAGCCCUGGAGCAAUUGGUUUGGUCUCAGUUUACCAACUGUUUUCAUGGAUUUAAACCAGGGGUGCUGGCACAUUUUGAACCAGAAGUAAAAGCAUUUUUAUGGCUUUUCCUGUGGAGAUUCACCAUCUAUUCUAAGAAUGCAACUGUGGGACAGACUAUUCUGAAUAUUCGGUAUAAAAAUGACUUGUCUCAGACAGAGAAAUACCAGCCAUUGAGCAAACACCAGAAAUUAUGGUAUCUUAUUUGCAGUGUUGGUGGAAGGUGGUUGGAAGAAAGAUGCUAUGAUUUAUUCAGCAAUCGUCACCUGGAGUCUUUCUGCAAAACCAAACAUUUUAUUAAUUUUGUUGCUGGACUUCUAAAAAUUGGUGGACUACUAAACUUUCUGGUCUUUCUUCAGAAUGGAAAAUUUGCAACACUGACAGAACGUAUUUUAAAAAUUAGAUCAGUUUUUUGUCGGCCUCAGAAUGUUCGCCAAAUAGGAUUUGAGUACAUGAACAGAGAACUUUUAUGGCAUGGCUUUGCUGAAUUUCUAAUCUAUCUCCUGCCUCUUAUUAACAUGCAGAACCUGAAAGUCAGAAUUUCUUCUUGGUGUUUACCUAUUGCAGGCCUUUCCAAUAGCGAAAACACUUUAGUAAACUACUGCAAGGAAUGUUCUCUAUGUGGAGAAUGGCCUACUAUGCCUCACACCAUAGGCUGUCCACAUGUUUUCUGCUACUAUUGUAUUAAAAGCAACUAUUUAUUUGACAUGUAUUUUACCUGUCCCAAGUGUGGUAUGGAGGUACACAAUCUUCAGCCACUGAAAUAUAAAAUUGAAAUGACAGAAGUACACUCCCUCUAGAGUUUUUCUGCACUGCACAUGAAGUGCGCACUUUAUUCUAAAGUGCAGAAUACUCAGAACCACUGUUAAGUUGAUCUUUUUUAAUUGUUUGUUUACAGCAGAACUUUUCCUGUUUUAUUUACAAUAGAUUAAAGUCCUUAUUGCUAUUAAUUUAGAUGUACAAAUGAUAAAUCGUAAUUUAACAAAUAUUCCAAUAUCAGAGGUCAGUGGGAAUAUAUUAUUUGUAGUUAUCUACAUAGUUAAUCAUUUUAAUCAGCUGCCUUACAUAAUCAUUAUAGAAAACUUUCAGAUGUUAUAAUUCAUGCAACAGAUUCACCACAUCGCCGGAAGAAAAUGGAGAGCUGUAAAGCAGGAAAUAGUAGCAAAAACCUGUUCACAUUCAAUCUAUUGUAACCAAGCUUGCAAGUAUGUCAUUCAGUGUCAUUCAGACUUUUUUUUUUUUUUUGCAAGUGUGCACUGUUAAUCCAGUGUUGUUCAGUCACUUUAAAAUAUGCACAGCAGUAAAUCUUAUCCCAAUGACUGUUUAAUUUCUCUGGAUAUGCCAUUUCAGGAUAUUAAAUGAAUGCCACUUCACCUGUUAUAAGUUUUGGGGUGCUUUUGUUGGUUUUAUGUACUUAUGUAUAGCAUCAUAUACUACAGAGCUAAGCAUGAGUUUCUCUUAUUAAUUUUCUUCAUUGUGCCACAACACUAUAGAUAUCAUCAGUUUUAGUGCAGCUUUAAAGACCAUCAAACAAAAUGAUAGCUAAUCAGAAUUUUUUUUCUCCACAAUUACUGAUUUGUUUUAAACUAUAUAGUUAAGUGAAAUUUCACCUCUGUUGGGGUCAAAACUCCCAUUGAUACAGCCAGAAUUUCAUCCAAAGUAUCCAGAAAGCAUUUGUCAUUAAAUUAACAUUCUAGGUCUAAAACUUCAGUACUUGGCUACUUCUUCGCAUUGUUAAGAUAAUACAUAUACAUUAUUAUUUUUUAAAUAGGAUCUUAAUUGUUCUGGUGCAUUGCAGCAUUAACAAUUCAAAAAUGUAUUUAUUAUGAUAUGAAAGAUUUGCCAAUAAAAAGACUCAGAGAUAACCAAAGGAUAGCUGCUUUUUUAGGUUUACUUAUAGUCUGAGUAAAAUGCCACUCUAAGCAUUAUAUUCUCAUCUAAAAGCUCAAAUAAAAGAUCUGAUGACAUGUACCAUAAUCUAAAUGUUCAAGCCCCUGUUCAAUGUUACUUAUAAAAAGAGGACUAAAUAAAUUAAAAGCUUUGUUUAGUUUUC